GCUAAUAAAAGAGUCAUCUUCCUUGCUAAUACUAUUGGAUUGAGACGUUUCUAAAUGGACCAACUAAAUUGAGAUUAAGACAUAAUUGUUGUUGUCUACAAUAGUUACAGAUAUUUUGGAAACAAAUAAUACUGUAGAUAAAGUCAUACUAUUAUUAUUACUGGCCUCCAAACAAGAAAAAAAAACGAUCCGCAAAUAAAAUGCAAAUUUAUCCAACAAACCUGCCAAUCCAAAUUUCCAAAAGCACGCUUACCAAUAACAUAUCGCCAGCUGUCACCAGCCUUCUUCCCCCGUGAAUCUAGCAUUAGGGUUUCUAACACUCUCCAUUCCCAAUCCCAGAUCUCUUAUUUCUCUGAAUUCUGUCUCUUUCUCAAUUCCCCUCGAUACUCUCAAUACAUGCAUACAAAUGUGUCUUUAUUUAUAAACCAACUUGCACCUUACUUCUCUCUGUAAAAAUUGCAAUUUUGUACAAAACCAUGAUCUAGUGCUUUGAGUUUCACUUCCCAAUUUUAGAUCACGUGAAUAUGCAGCAAACUUUUGAGCCAUGAAUUCACUGUUAUAUAAGUAGCUGAGAUGAGUUUUGAGGGUUUUAGUCUGAAUUCUUGUUAAAAAUUCAAUCUUUUGGGAAAACAGAAGAUAAAUAGCUUCUGAAUUUGUAAAAUCUGAAAAGGGUUUUUUGAGUUAUAGUGAUUUUAGUGAAUGGGAUCAUCUGGGUUUUUCACAAUCUGCAUUCUCCAUUCAGUAAUAGCCACUACUAGUGGUACAUUGAUAAUGUUCUAUCUGAAUGAAAUAUCUGUAUUGGGACAUGGGAUUGAAACAGCAAGAAAGCUGCUAGGAUCAACCCCACAUGACCAAUUGGUGAUAAAAACAUCUGAUUCAUUUGUUGGAUUGCUUUUAUGUGUAAUUGGGUUGUUGUUAUUCAUGGUAUCUUUUGUUAAGGACAGGGAGUUUCAGGGCUUUUUUGCUAAGGGUUGUAUCCUUCUUCAUGUGGCAAUGGGAUUGUGGAGGGUUUAUUUUGAGAGGAAGCUUGAGGAUUUGGCUUAUGAUUGGCCAAGACAACUUGUUGGUGAUUUUGUUCUGGCACUUUCUUGGGUGUUCUUUCUUGUUAAUUCUUGGAGGGAGAAGUAUGAUUAGAGAAAUUGCACAAGUGGAAUUGCUAUUUUGGGAUGGUUAUGCAUUUGAUUACUUAAAAAGAUUGUUGUUUGGUGCAAAUUGGAGGUACUUUUUCUGCCUGAAUAUUCAUGUAAAUAAAAGGGCUCACGAGAUAAGGAAUCCUUGAUUUUUCCUUCUUUUUCUUUUAUUGUAUUCGAAGGGAGUCUUGGUGUAACGAGUAAAGUUGUCCUCAUGUAAUAAGGUCACAUAUUCGAGCAAUGAAAACAGCCUCUAGCAGAAAUAAACUGCGUACAAUAGACUUUAGUGGUCCGGCCUUUACCCAAACCCCGCGCAUAAUGGGAGCUCCGUGCACCGGGCUGCCGUUUCUUUUGUUGUACUUGAUUAUAUUUAGAAAUGAAAGAAAUGUGGCAAUUUUGA